CUUUAGAUUUCAUGUCAGUGACAUGUUUUUUUUUUUAAAUUUUAUCAGUCUUCACUUUCAAUGAAAAGGCAGUGGAUUUCUUACAUUAGAUUUUGCAAUCAUAUAGAGUGCCUGCUGCUGCCCAGCUGGAUGACAGGUGCAGAAACCUAAACAGCCUCUUUGAAAACUGAAUACCUCGCUAAAAACACGUACAUUAUUUCAUUACAAGGGGAGCUUAUAGUAUGGGGUAAGACACGACUAUUUUUUUAUCCCUCUAUGUUCAGAUUGAAACAACUUUGACCUUCAACAUAUUUUACUCAUCUACUGGAAUUUUACACUUUGUUUCAUCACUCCGACUUUCAUUCUGUCAUCAUCUCUCUUUGUGGUGGUUCUGUUUUAAGACUUGGGAAUGUAAAAGGCUCCAGUUAAGCUUCAAAUGCCCCCUGUCCCCCACCACAACCCCCCCUCUUCUCAAUGAGAUGGAAACAUUAAUCAAUUAGGUUGGCCCUUAAAGGAUCUGAAGGAGAUGAAGCUCUCCUCUCUCUGAAAAUGAAAUGCCACAGACUUUUAAAUCCAGUCAAAGGGCAUUUUCCCCAAUCUUGCUCUCUUCUUGUUCCCCCCUCCCUUUCAUUCCCCACUCCCUGUUUCAUUCAUCUUCCCUCCCAUCCCCCUCUCAUUUCUCAUGUGCAACAUAAGUAGAAGGUUGGGGAAUGAGAGGAUGAUGAAGAAGAGGGUUUAUUCAGAAGUGGAAUGGGAGGAUGAGGGGAUGAUUGAGCUGUAAAAACAUGAUUAAAAGUAAUUUUUUGCAAUUGUGCACAGAUGUUUGGAGGAAUCGUUUCCAUUUUCUUGCAUCAAAACAGAAAGAAUUGCAUGCACAUUUCCUCACCUUAAUUCAAAGCUAAAUUUUAAUUCUAGUAACAGUUUGACAUUUUAAAAUUCAUUUCUUUUGGAAAAAUACAACCAAAUCACAAUGCACCAGUUAUAUGUCAGACUUGAGAGUGGUGCAUCAAAUGAUAAUCUAAUAAACUGCCAUAGAUAUCCACAUGAAUAGUCAAUAUUGUACGUGGUUGCUUUGCAUCUGGUAGAAAUUCAACAGCAGCUAAUUACUAGUAUGAAAAAGGGUCACGCAGAGGGUGGAGCAAACUGCAUGAAUGGCAGUUGUUUCAAUGGAUGAUUGUCCAAAGGAACAAGAGACAACAUAGUCCCAUUAUUGAAUGUCAGUGGCUAGAAAAGGUUAGCAAAGGUUCACCAUUGAGCAGCCCUUUGUGCUGCGUAUAAUUGUUGUUAUUCUGGAACUGACAUACAUAAUAGUUUAUUUGCACACUUUAAUUCGCUUGAGCUCUGGCACAAAGUGUUUCUGAAUUGGAAAAGUUUUUAUGUGCUGCAGAAACACAGUCGGACAGGGAAGGAAAUGAAAAGUACUGGUGGUCAAAACAACGUGCACAUAUGUUCUGAGGUAAAAAUCUAUUCCUUUGUAACAUUGUGGUCAGUGUUUCAAUUUUACGCAACACGAAACUACUUGCUGUGUCUAGGAAGUCUAGCUGUAACCGUGCAUCUGAGCAAUAAUGGUGCCUUGUUACCCAAAAUGUCAUGCCACCAAAUCCUGUCAUGUCACCAUUUCCAUUGUUUGUCUUGUUUCCUACUUGUCUGGAUUUGCGUUGUCUUCUGUGUAAGAUCAGAGUAGAACAGUUUUGAAGAGAAACAGGAAUUCAUUUUCGGUAUAUGGUUGAGUUAGAACAACCAAACUUACUGACCUAAAGGGUUUUUUAUUUAGGUAGCUUGACUUUAGUGGAAAUAUGAAAGCAGAAAAUUAAGUACCUCAGUACCAGUCUGAUGUAGCUUAAAUUGACAUAAAGUGAAAUUUAUUGCAUGAGAGGCAAUGUCAAAGGCAAAGUCAUUCAUAAAGGCAUUUAUAAAGGCAUUUACAAAGCAUUUUCACAAGCUGCUCUAUAACAAAGUGCUUCGCAGAACACAAAUGACACAAAUCAAAGCAAAGGUGAGUCUUUUUAGCAUAAUCAGUUUCCAUGGGUUUGACUUUUUUUUCCUCCCCACACAAAUAUGCUGCUUCUGUGUAAUAACUGCGAAACAGUUUUCUGUGUAGAUUCAGGUCAUUAAUGAGUCAUCUCUCUGCCUAAUGGACCAACUGAACUCUUUCCUGUUUACCAUUACUUUGCUGUUUGCUGUACUCUGGACAACCUUAUAUGGAAUUGCUAACAGUGGACCAAGGCAAUGUUGUUGCAAUAUUCGCAAGGGUGCUAAAUUAAAUCAGGGAGGUAAGCAGCAACAUUUAGGACUGCAAAUUUUGGUUAAAAGCAAUGUAAGUGGAUGCAAUAAAAAAAAAUCAUAGAAUAACCUUGCUCUGCUCAGAUGAUAGCAAAGAUAACACUUGACCUACAGAGGUCCUCGUGGUAAUUCCUGAAACCAAAGCACUGGCCUCUGUUUUACAGAAGAAUAAGCAUUAAUAUUUUGCAUAAAAUGACCAACAGCAAAAGUCUUGUGGUGUCUGAUGAAACUCCACCUUGACAGCUUCACUUCCCAUAACUAGUGGGGAACUGAAGCUCUUAUUAUAGUGACAUUAAAUAACACUUGCAUAACUCUGCUUAUUUGUUACAGAUGAAAGAGUAGGCUAAUGUGUGUUCUCUUGUGUAGGAGGAGGAGAAGGCCACUUAAGAAAUGGUGAAUUUAAUGUACGGUACAACCUCUGGAGGUACAGUGUCUAGAGGAUUUUUUUGUUACAAACCAGGCAUUUUUCAUCUUAUUCACUGAUCUCCGUCCAUUAUCGUUAGUUUGGGUUUCAUUUUGAUGCAUUAGGAGCCAUGUAGUUUGAAAAAAGGUUUAUUAUUCAAAGUAAUUAUCAUCUUUGGGUUGAAAAGAGCUUGUGUAAAACACACUACAAUCCACACUGAAACAAAAGCACUAAUCACUGAAUGGGUUGGUGACACACUGAACUUUAGCACUGGAGAGUUUGUUUCCUGUUUUAAAUUGUUUGUCAGCAAUGGAAAAUGUUUCUUUAAAUGGUAAAAAGCAAUGCGUCGAUAACAUUGUUACUCAAGGAAAAUACCAUUCCACUGGUUUAUAUACAGUUGAUGUUGAGUAACACACAUCCAGCAGAUGAGAGAAAAUGAACUUCAAAGUCAGCUGUGGUGAAACUGUAGCAAAUGUUAUCUGUCACUUAUCUACGUCACUGUCUAACAAACAGGCACAUUUUUGCCUAGAGGCUAGCUUGGCAUACCCUCAAACAGAGAAUGAACAGCUGCCUGCACUAAGUCCAGAUAACGCCAGCUGACUUGCUGUGGUUUUAUUCCCCAUUCUGUUAGCGAGAGGGUGAAAAGAGGUGAUGCAGCAAUGUACAGUAUGAGAAGGGUUUUUUUGGAAAUUCAAGCAUUUAAAUUUCAUCAAGUAGAUCCUGAAAAGAGAAAUUAGGGGCCUGCAAAUACUUAAACAGUAAGAACGAUGACCGAGGUACCCUAACCUUAACAAAGUGAUUAUUUUAACCCAAACCAUUUCCUUUUGAGUGGUCUUGUGAUUAAACCAGUCUAUUUUUACAUUGUAAAUAAGUAAGGUAUGGUUUUUUUUGUUGUUGUUUUCAGCAGUGACUUCUUUAAUAGGCUUGAAUGGUUUAUGUGUAACAUAUUUCCCGUUGCUGCUAAGCUGCUAUAAAUGCAAAUAACCUAGCAUAUAGUCAUUUAGGUUGCAGUCACUGGAUAAUGCCAAUAAAUAGCAAAAUUAUGCAUCCUUGUUAGAACAUUUCUCACUGACACACUGUCAAAUUCUCCCUGUAGUUACAGAAUCUAGCAAACUGACUCACAUUUGGAACUGAUGAAUCACCUUUUGUUUCUGUACUUUGUUGUCUUUGUCUUUUUGCUUCCUCUCAUACUGACAGUCUUAGAAUUCUAACCAGGUCAUUUAAAAUUCAGUCACUGUCUUUGCCGUUUGAAUUUGCAACUGAUCUUUAAACCUCAUCAAAGAAUAUAGGUGAAUUGUUAUAGGAAAACCCCCACUUUUGAUCACAUUUUUUUUGUUUGGUAUUUUAGUAAGAAUCCGCUUAGAACAUGUCAGUCCAAAGUCAACAAAUAACCCUGAAAAGCUGAUGAUGGUAAAACAUGUGCUGCAUCAACAUAACUGAUAAUUUGGUUUUUUUAGAGGUUUAAUAUUGCACAAGGUAGAAAGUUGCUACUUUUUGUGAUAUUUAAGUAAGUCACAGUUAAUUUUGAGUCCACUUUUUGUGUUCUUUAGGGAACCUUGUGAUAUAUGUGAGUUAAACAUUUACUUAAAAAACAGCAAAGCAGCAAUUGUUGAUAAUCAGUGCACAUUUCUAUCUGGAAGAAAAAUUAAAAGCUCACUUAAAUGGAAGCGGAGAGAUCUGAGGGGCAGAGUAGAAAAAGAAGUAAGUGUUUUCGUCUUUGUCUUCUGCCUCUUAUCAGUAAGUGCUUUAUUUUUAAGUGAAAUUGUACGUCAAUUACCGAAAAACGAAUGUUUUCUCUCCAAAGUUGAUUGCUUGCGUUUAGCACGAAGCACUGCAAACAUCAGUGAGGUCUUUUACUGCUUUAUUUAAAAAGGAAAAUUAUUGAGGUCUUAAAGUCAUUUUCAUCUAAAUGUUAUAUUUCUGCAUUGAAAAAUUAGUUAUCAAUUUAUGAAAAGUAAAAUGACUACAGCUCAGAUAAAGUUAUUAAACCAGCGCUCCUGACAUCAUCGAAGUACAAGCAAGGUUAUAACCCUUAAUGGAAACUAAUGUUUUAUUUUUUCCUCUCAUUUCCUGAUGCUAGCAGGAGCUCUUACCGUGGCAAUAAAAAUGUUUGUGCCACUAUUGUGCUGAAUGGAUGAAUAGAGGGUAAGCUGGAUGACACGAUUUGCAUUUUACACUGGAAAGUUUUUGUCCUUGAAUGUUAAAGUUUUCCUGACUAUGCCUCAGUUGUGUGUCAUCUCCCUUUUAUUUACAUGUUACACCAUUCUCUGUGCCCCUCCACCACACAUUAAUUUCUUCUCAUCUCGAUUUUUACCGGCAUCCUUCGCUUGCACUUUUUUCCACUUACCCGAUUUCUUCCACUACUUAUUUUUUUAAUCACCCAUUUUCCUAAUAUGUGGCAUGAGUCCUUCACUGUUCUGUUUCACGUAAGGCUGUAAUGCAAAAAACUACACGCAUUCUUUCCCAAUGAAGGCAUGAGUCCUCAUGUGCCAGAUAACCCUGUGUACUGUAUCCUCUGCUGUAAAAGCAAGCGACUGAGCGAACGAGUAACGGUGAGAGAGAAAGUGAGAGACAGGCAGAGAGGAAUCCAACACAGAGGUACAGAAUUGGAAGAAAUCAGUAUCCUUGUGACAGUUAACCUUAUGAGAUUGGAGUCAGGACAGCCUGAGCUGGCAGCUGAUGGCAGACUGCAACAGCAAGCCCAUGGUGCAACCCAUCUGUGCCUGGUAUUAACGCAGGCUCAAACCCCAGGGCCAGAGCCACCAUGCCGUGUGUUAGCAACAUGGACAUGGGCAGAGUCCUGAGGGGGCCAAAAAGUCACCCACUGGGAUAACAAUGGCAGCUUGGUUAACAUAAACACACUCUCAAAGUGAGAGAAAAAAUACACACUCUGCGCAAGAACGCAAGAAUAAAUUGCACAUAGCCAUAAGACUGAGCACACAACACCACUUCAUCCCAUUUGUAAAAAUACACAUUUGGCUGGGAGCAAGGUUAUUUUUUCUUAUCUGUACCUCGCUAAAGCUAUAGUUGUUCUGUGUGUGCAUCAUGCUGUGUUGACUGCUGUGUGAGCAUGUUUUCUAUUUGUCCAGCUGUGUGUGAAUGUGAUUAUGUGUGUGAAUUCAAGGGUCAAAAUUAGAGCAACAAUUUAUAUCGCCAUAGUGAGAAAAUCAGGUCAGGUGGAAGGGAAAACAUUUAUCCCUACACAAUGCAACAGAUGCCUGACACCAGUAAAAUACCUUAAAGUGGCUAAAAAUGUUAGGUUUUGCUGUGUCAGAGAAUGAUUUUAGCACUCUAUCUCUACAUAGCCAUGACUCCAUAGUUAGCCAGCUACUAUAGUUAGCUAAGGCAUCAAAAACCAACUCACAGAUUUCUGAAUGAUCUACAUUCCACUGUAACACAACCUAAAUACUGUCAAACUUUCAACAGCAUUAUUAAAUUACAAAAACCAACACACCAGAUAACCCUGGCAUAUUAAAUGAUCAGAAAACACAACAAGUGUCAAGAUACAAUAGUUUUCCAAGUCUCGAUGAUACCCAAUGUCUUAUGACCUCUAUCAAAUUUUGUCCCAUAAAAUGAUUAAUUUUACUGUUUGGUGGCUUAUAAAGACAACAACAAGAAAAAAACCAACAUAUUGUCCCAUUUCCCAACUAAGGUUUCCAAUCCAGUAGAUGGAAGCCUUUAAGCAUUUAUUUAUUUUGCACCUUCAGACUAUACAAAAUCAGGUGAGAACUGUUUUCCCCUCAGCAAAGUUGGGACUUCUAGUCUUCUAUUAUCUGAUGUGCCACAUUAGUGGUGAUCUGGUUUCUUCACAGAAGGGAGAUUUGUGACAUCAUAUGUGAGGUCAAGUAUUUUCCCGUUACCUAGCAAUAGGUAGAUGAUAAAUGAGACCACAAUAUGAGACCACUGACCAUCCACAUGGCUUCUGUGGUCCACUGAGAUAAAACUCCCGAGUUUGAAAUUGGACGGAUGAACAGUUGUGAAAUGCGAAGAAGAUACACAGAGAUACAGAGAUUCCUUUAUUUAUAAGUGAGAUGUAUUCCACUGGCUGCCGACCCACUGAAAUGCAUCAAAAUACAUAACAAUAUUUUUUAUUUAUAUGACAAAACUGCUGUAAACAACAUUUAAAUAAUGAAGUGAAGUGAAAAAGUUAAUGAGAUUCACCGUGAACUUUAUGGUCCAAAUUAUGGCAGCAUUAGGCUGCACAUCAUACCAAGUACGUCAUUUAAAUUCAGGGUCAUAGCAGGAAUCUCAAAGCAUAAAUUCAUGUUUUCAUGAAAAUAUAACAUAAAGCUUUAAAUUCCUAUUGAAUUGAAUGCAUUUGUAUUUUCUGUGUCUGUCAGAUAUAGUGUUAUCACACUAAAAUUAAUUAAAUAGUAAAGAUUAGAUGUUUAUAGCCAUUUUUAGAAAGAUGAACAGAGCCUGUGUAAGAGCUGAUUUGAUCAUUUCAAAGAGAUUUCACAAAAAAACUAAACAUUUCUACAGCUCUUUGAAUCAGCCAAAUGCCCACACCUCAGUGUUAAAUCAACUUGUGAUGCUCUCACGACCACGCAGAGAGGCUGUCGUUGGCCCACUAUCUGAGGGUCACUUAAACUCACUAAUAAAGACUUAUUCUUCACUAUACCUCGUCAAUCCUCCCAGCCCCACUGACCCUCUUCUCGCCUGUCCACCUCUGACCGGUAGAGGUCGCAGCCUAGCAGUUGCUGAGUGGACGGGAACGCAUGGAUGGAUCAGAGCGCUCCCACAUGACAAAGCUACAGCGCGUCUGGAAACGAGGAACGGAGAGCGGGCGUUUUGGGAGAAACCGUAGACAAGAUCAUUUCUUCACCUGCAGCACGCCCGGCUUGUUUCGCUGUCAAACAACUACACUGUUUAGCUUCCUAGUUUCAGAGAUUACUGAGGCGGACAGCUGUCUUUUCUUUUCCCCCUCUUUCCAAGUGAACUUUAUAGGGAUGUUAUAUAUGAGAGCAUCAGCGUGCAGUUAGGGCCGAAGUAACUGUAGGACGGAUAUAAAGACUGAACAUCUUCUCGUACUACUUUUUUGUUCGGUUUGAUACACAAAAGAAAAAAAAGAGAGAGAGACGUGUGUGAGUGAGUGUGUGUGAGUGUGUGUGUGUGCAGGAGAGAGAGAAGUCGCACAGGUUUUUUUUUUGGGAGCUACGUUUUCAUGCCGUCAGUCUUGCGGACUCUGAGAUGGACGUCAGAUUUUAUCCAGCUCCCCCUUCAAGCGUGGGUUCAUGUACGCUACCGACUGACUCCGGUUUGGACUAUUACCAUUCCAACAAGAGCAGAUACGGUGCUCCAGAUCGAGGUGUAAGGCUCUACAGUUCCCUGCCCAUGCGCCCAAACCCUGACGGCAAGAGACUGCCCUCUACUGGGUUUGAUGGUGACAACAUGUACAUGAACGAAAACAAUCACGAGUUCCUCGCACCAAACCAGAGCUACACAGGUCAGACAGGUGGCAGUGGGGGAGGAGGAGGAGGUGGCGGCACUUCAAGUGGAAAUGGAGCCGGGGACGAAGACUAUGAGAUCCCACCUAUCACUCCACCUAACCACCCCGAACCUCCUCUUCUUCACCUGAUGGAGCACGAGUCUACAGGCUACCUCGGUCACUCGUUGUCACACAAUGGGCUCAUCAACCCGUAUUCCUACCCAGAGCUGCCCACACUUAUGAUGUCGAACAUGCUGGGACAGGACAGCCACCUCGUAUCCAGCCAAAUGCCCUCGAUGCAGGAGAUGGCUUUGCACCACCACCAACAACAACACCAUCACCAGCAUCCUGAUGGCGCUCAUUAUGACCCCGCCCGUAACCACACCCUGAUAAACAACUCACCUCCGAUACUGCCCAACCCCAUGAGUGCACUAUCCCAGCUAAACCCACAGGUCAGCCGGAGUGCAGUGCCUCAUGGUUCCCCCUCACCUCCCGGAAGUAAAUCGGCCACACCCUCACCUUCAAGCUCCAAUCAGGAAGAGGAGACUGAUCCUCAUUUGAAGAUGGUCUUCCAGAUCACGGGUGAGAAGCGACCGUCUUCGGAGAUGAUGAAGCCCAAGCCCAAACCCCAAAAAAAGAAGAAGAAGAAGGAUCCAAACGAGCCUACAAAGCCUGUGUCGGCCUACGCCUUGUUCUUCAGAGACACUCAGGCAGCCAUUAAAGGACAGAAUCCCAAUGCCACUUUUGGAGACGUAUCCAAAAUAGUAGCCUCCAUGUGGGAUGGUCUGGGAGAGGAGCAAAAACAGAGCUACAAGAGGAAAACAGAGGCUGCUAAGAAGGAGUACCUGAAAGCCCUGGCCGCCUACAGAGCCAGUCUGGUUUCCAAGACAUAUAAUGACCCCGUGGAGACAAAAAGUGCCCAGACAAGUCAGGCUUCUCCACAUAUGAUGCCAGGCAACCCGCCGCUGUACAGUGUGCCACCUCCUCCCCAGCCGACAUCGCCAUACCUGGGGCCUGGGGCCUUCCCACUUACUGACCUGCAGAGCUAUGCAGGACACGCCCCUCGCCACACUCUGUCGCAGACACUCAGCCAAUCGCAGAUGCUGCCCAGCAUUAGUGCCUCUCCCCCUUCCUCCUUCCAGAUCAGCCCACCACUUCACCCCCACCAGCAGCUCUCCCUGCACCAGAGCUCACUCCUCAACCAGCCUAUCCGCAUGCAGCAGGUCCAGUCCCAGUCAAUCAUCUCUCACCAGAUGGGGCUUCAGGCCUCUCUUCACUCCCCACCUCCAGGGCAGCAGGGUUUUUCCCACCUCCAGUCAGAGUACCAGAAGAGCAUUGGGGGUUCCCAGUCUCCAGGAGCUCCUGGCCCUGGUCCAGGCCCUGGAGUGGCUCAGACCCAUGAUUGGGACAAUGAAUACUGCAAUCGGGAGUGUGGCAACCACUGCAGUGGCAACAUGAUAGGCAGGGACAAGCCACUCUACCUCACCUGAAACUGAAGAUGAUACUCUGUCGACAAAAACGACACAGAGGAGUCUACUCUCAUCCCCUAUUCCACUCCCCCACUCCUCCCCCAACCCUCCCAUUCUUCUUCUUCUUCUUCUUCUGACGUGCACACUUACAUGCAGUGUACACUUGACAUACAAACACACACACGCACAUGCAAACACACACAUGCCGCUUCACACACACAAUCACACACGUCACCACCUUUUUUUGUCAGUGUAAUUUUUAUUUUUCUCAGUUUCUAGAACUUGUGAACAGAGUUUGAUGACUACUGUCUGUACCACUUAAUGUAUUAGCAGUCCUCUUGCUGUUGAAAUUUGCCAAGCACUUAUAAAGCCUCCCCCCACGCCCUACCCACCCGACCCUCUCCCACCUUCUGAGUUGUGUGUCUCUGCCCCCUCUCUGAUACAGGCCGGGCUGCAGAGCACUUCUCUCGUGUGUCACCAUAAAGUCCCCUCAGGGACCCCAUCCAGCUUUAAUUAGAACGAGAAGAAAGAAAAAUAUUCCUUUCCUUUAAUCACUUUAUUUUCCAUUUGUUUUUUUCCUUUCUUUGUUGUUAUUGAUGCUGUUUUAUUUAUUUCUGGCUUGCAAAGCCGUUCCUCUUUUUUUGCCAGUAAGCGAUGGGCCCUGUUCUAUAGAGAAAUAUUAACAUUUAGUAGGCUCUAGCAGGCCUUGAUGUUAUCGUAGCUUUGCUUAAGGGCCUGCAAAUUAAUACAAAAGUCUGGGUGGAGAAGAGAAACAAAACAAAAAGAAUCUUUUUUAAUAUUAAAGACCUGUUGAGGUCUAUGAGCUGUCACAGUGUGAUUGUAAAUAUCACUUUUAUGGGAUCAAAUUGGGAAUUGGAAGUCCAGAUAGAUUUGUUUCUUCUUUAAUAUUACCUGUAAGUCAUUGUGUGUGCGUGUGUGCGUGUGCGUGUGUGUGUGUAUGUGGGUGGGUUUGUGGGCGCAUGCAUGCCUGGACGUUAGAAUGUACCACAUUCAUGACGUGUGCGGCUGAGUAUGUAUGUGCGUACAUGCAGGGACACAUGUGUGCAGGAGUGUCUCAGCGUUCGGGCGUCGAGUCUUUCUCGUGAAUUUUAACAGCCUUGUGCAGCUGGAUUUCAGAGGAGUAUUUCACACUCUCAUUCUUGCAUUAAAUCUGUGCUCACUGGUGUGUUUUUUUCCAAUAAAGUUCAAUCUAAAACUGAAUACACAAUAUGUGUCCUGCAGAUCAUUAAAUGGAAAGAGCCAGGUGAGAGAUAGAGAGCAAAGAGAUAGAAAAAGAGAAAGAAGCGCUGUGAAAUAAAAUGAGAUGUAAUGUUGCAGGUGAAAAAAAAUUGCCUCAAAAUGCCUGCCCCACCCUUCUGUUAUGUUGUCUGACCAUAAUGUCAGUUUUGUGUCCUUCUACAAUGAGAAGUGAAGUAAUGAAAUAUGUGAAUGGAGCCAUCACAGCCACAUUACGGUGACUUUUAUAACUUUCCAGUUGGUGUUUGGUUGUGUUGAUCUCAUCUUUUUUUAAACUUUUGUGUGAUUAACAGAAAUGCAUUUUGCUGACAAGACAUCUCGUUUUUAUCUCUUUAAGUGUAGCAUCAUUUCAGUUUUAGUUGCUGCAAAACUAUAACAUUUUAAGUUGUGUACAAAAAAACCCUGCCAAUUGUAGUUAUUUUAUUUGUAAAGCCAGUAAUGAUAAAUAUUUUAAAUGGUUAUCAGCAUAUUGUUUUCUGCUAGUUGCCCAUCAGCCAUUUGACAGGUUCUUAUUUAUAAAAUAAAGUAGAUCACCUUUGCUUCUUAUGAUGGAGGUAUAUUUUUAUUCUUAUUUUAUUGUUUCUUUUCUUUGGUUUGAUAAACUUAAUGAUGAUGACCACAACAAUGAUUAUUUCUUUAUUUUUUACAUUUUGGGUGCUGCUCUUUUCUUUUCUUGCCAGCAGCAUCGGUUUGUGUCACAAUGCUUCUUUUAUUUCAAACCUGCAUAAUAAAGACUAAAAAGUUUAAAA